AUGGAUCGACUUAGCAAUCUACCCGAUGAGAUUAUUUGUCACAUAGGGUCGUUCCUAUCGGCAAAAGAAGCUGCUUUCACGACACUUCUCUCAAAGAGAUGGCAAAAUCUGAUUACCAUCAAACAAACUCUUCACUUUGAUGACUCGAUUGAGAGUUUUAAGGAUUUUGCGGACCGUUUAUCGUCUCUACAAGUGACUUCACGUGUAAGGAAGUUGUCUCUAAAGUGGUGGUCUCUUGAGUCUGAUCGAGUCAACCAUUGUUUACGUGACGUUCUCAAGUGUGGUGUGCUUGAUCUUAAUCUAUGGAUAAACGGCAAACAAGGAUAUUCACUUCCUUUUGAAGUUUUCACUUGCAAGACAGUUGUUAAACUUUCACUAGGGUUUCGUUUUUCUAUUGAUAUGAUCCCUGAGAAUGCUCUUCUUCCAUCUCUCAAGACUCUCUCUCUUAAUGACCUUAAGUUCUUUGAGUUUGGUGGGAAUUGUGCGUUUCAAACGCUUCUUGCUGCGUGUCCUGUGCUUGAGGAAUUAUUCUUGAGUGAUGUGAACUGGGAACAGUGGAAAUGGUCUCGCACUGUGUCUAGUUUGAGUCUUAAGAGACUAACAAUUAUACGUACAAAGUGGGAUGAUUAUGAUACCUCUGGUUUUAAGAGCAUUAGUUUCGACACUCCGGGUCUCGUUUACUUAUAUUACUCUGAUUAUGUUCCAAAAGAGUAUCUCAAUGUUAAUCUCAAUUCCCUUGUUGAAGCUAAGAUCAUUCUUCGUCCGCAAGAAAAUCAUAUAUGGAAUGAAAGACAUGGAGAUCCUUUCUAUCCAAUGAACCUGCUUCAAGGGUUAAAAAAUGUUGAGAUUCUCAACUUGCAUUCUUAUCAAACUUUAAUGAUGUUUUAUGUGUUCCGUGAAGCACUCCCAGUGUUUGAAAAGCUGUCUCAUUUAUCAGUUAACCUUUCUCGCUACUGUUGGUUUCCCAUCAAAUUUAUGGGUUCCUUGCACUUUAGGAAAUUUAAUUCUCUUUGUCACUGCUUGUCAGAGUUUUCUUUCCUAGAUUCGUGUCCUUUAGAGGUCCUAAAGAUAACCGAGUACUUUGGAAAUCAACAAGAAUUGAGACAAAUGGAGUAUAUCCUUGGGAAAUUGUCAUGUCUUGAGCUCGUGCAAAUUCAUUUUCCGAUGGCAACAGGUGAAAAAAAGGCGAAACUUGAGUACAAACUGCAAAAGCUACCUAGAGCUUCGUCCAAGUGCAAGUUCAACGUUGUUGUGUAG